CCCGUCGGAGCGCAGGCUCUCGCAGGCACAGGCGGCCGCCGGAGCGCUGAAGGCUGCCAGGCAGAGCCCAGGGACCCAGGCGUCCGGCUGAGCGGAGCCCCGCUAUGGGGAGGUGGGCGGAGGGGCCGUGCCCCGCUUGGGGGUCGCCCGGAAAGAAGAGCUCCUGGCAGGCGGCGCUCCUCGCAGCCUUUAUCCUGAGUUCCUGUUUCCUGCUAACCCAAGCCAAGACCAUUUCUGUUACGUUGAACCCAUUGCACCCAUUAGAAGGACAGGAUGUCACUCUGACUCCAGGAGGAACAUCCAACUUUCUUUUAUGCAGGUGGUUUCGAGAAGGAGAUGCUGAAAAAAACCGGAUCUUUACAUAUUACCCAGUUCCAAAUCCUGUGCAGCAGGAUGGUCCAUCCUCUACUGGGCGGGAGACAGCAGGUUCAAACUGUUCCCUGAGCAUCAGGAGUCUGGCAUUGAAGGACACUGGAAACUAUACAGUGCUAAAGGAUUCACCUGAUGGUCCUGAAAGUGGGAGUGUGCGUAUAGAAGUCUUAGAGCUUCUGUCCAAGCCCAGUGUAUCUGCCUUCCCAUCUCGUUAUCUCACAGAGUUCAUUGAUUCUGUUAAUCUAACCUGUGAGAUCACCUCUAAAACUGCCUCUGUCAGCUGGCUUUACAAUGGAGAGCCCCUUGAAAUUAACCCUCGGAUCAAUGUAUCCAUGGAUAACCGGACUCUUGCCAUCAACGGCGCAGUCCGCAGUGAUGCUGGAGGAUAUCAGUGUAAUGUGUCUAACCCAGCCUCCACUAACCAAAGUGACCCCAUGUACAUUUCUGUGAUCUACGGACCCGAUACGCCUGAGAUCCGCCCGAAUGAAACUUUUUACAAUGAGCAUUCUGAAGUCAGUCUCUCCUGCUAUGCUGAUGCGUUCCCCGAUGCUCAUUAUAUUUGGUCCAUCAAUGAGAAGGAACGUAGCACAGAAUCCAAAUUGCAUAUCCCAGAUGUUCUCUCAGAGGAUUCUGGGAAAUACGUCUGCCAAGCUUGGAAUGUUCUCUCUCGCCAGAAGAACAGCACCUCCUUGAAUAUUGAGGUGGCGGGUAGUGUAUAUAAUGUCACCAUCAACGGUCCCUCCACAGCUAUAGAGUACCACCCAGUCCACUUGAAAUGCUCUUCUUUCGGCAGUGACGUUUCUUACCACUGGCUUAAGGGAAACCAGCUGGUGGAAGCAGGGGGUCGUAUCAUUCUGACGGACAAUAACAGGAGCCUCACGUUCACCUCUAGCAACAGGGACGACACAGCCAACUAUACCUGCCAAGGGGUCAACAGCUUCUCUUCCAAUUCCAGUCAGCCCCACUGGCUAAACAUUUUCUACGGGCCUGAUACCCCCAUAAUUGACCCCCAAGAGUCAGUUUAUAAUGAGGGCUCCACCCUCAAUCUCUCCUGCUUUGCCAUCUCCAACCCACCUGCAAACUAUUCUUGGUGGUAUAACGAUCAACUACUGGAAGACCAGCAUGAAUCUCAGCUCCUGAUUCCGGAUCUCUCGGGAAGUAAUGCCGGGAUUUAUACUUGUAAUGCCACCAAUGAUAACACUGGCUACUUCAAUGCCAGCAGCCUGGAGAUCAGUAUCCUGAGUAGUGUAUAUAAUGUCACCAUCAACGGUCCCUCCACAGCUAUAGAGUACCACCCAGUCCACUUGAAAUGCUCUUCUUUCGGCAGUGACGUUUCUUACCACUGGCUUAAGGGAAACCAGCUGGUGGAAGCAGGGGGUCGUAUCAUUCUGACGGACAAUAACCGGAGCCUCACGUUCACCUCUAGCAACAGGGACGACACUGCCAACUAUACCUGCCAAGGGGUCAACAGCUUCUCUUCCAAUUCCAGUCAGCCCCACUGGCUAAACAUUUUCUACGGGCCUGAUACCCCCAUAAUUGACCCCCAAGAGUCAGUUUAUAACGAGGGCUCCACCCUCAAUCUCUCCUGCUUUGCCAUCUCCAACCCACCUGCAAACUAUUCUUGGUGGUAUAACGAUCAACUACUGGAAGACCAGCAUGAAUCUCAGCUCCUGAUUCCGGAUCUCUCGGGAAGUAAUGCCGGGAUUUAUACUUGUAAUGCCACCAAUGAUAACACUGGUUACUUCAAUGCCAGCAGCCUGGAGAUCAGUAUCCUGAAACGUGUGUCUAAUGUCACCAUCGUCAGUCACCCCGAAAAGGCCAUUGAAAAUCAGCCCACAGUUCUGAACUGCUCUUCUGCAGGCUCCAAUGUUUCCUACAUCUGGUUAAAAGGGAACCAGAAACUGACAUCGGGAGAUCGCAUCUCUCUGAAUAACAGCAGCCUCAUAUUCAACCCAACCAGCCGGAAUGACUCGGGCAACUAUAGCUGCUAUGGAUAUAACAGCUUCUCCAACUCCAGAGCCACCUACUGGCUGGAUGUCUUCUAUGGGCCUGAUGACCCCGUAAUCAGCCCCCAGGGGCACGAUUAUGCGGAGGGCUCCCCCCUCACUCUCCACUGCUAUGCCGACUCCAACCCAGCUUCCCAAUACACUUGGUACUUUAAUGAGAAUGAACUGAGGAACGCUGAGUUUCCAAUAUCUAGUCUGGCUUUCAACCACUCUGGGAAUUACACCUGCAAUGCUUCCAAUACGGAAACCAACCUUUCCAGCUCUGCAAGUUGGGAGAUCAAGGUGUUUGCAAUCGUUUCUAACGUAAGCAUUGAAGGUCCUUCUGAAACCAUUGAAUAUGAUUCAGUGACCUUGAGUUGCAUCUCUAAUGGCAGCGAGGUCUCAUACACUUGGUUUAAAGAGAACCAACGUUUAGAGGAUGGAGACCACAUCUCUCUCCUGGGCUCCAAUCAUGAAAGCCUCGUAUUGAGCCCAGUCAAUCGGUCCGAUGCAGGUUCCUACACCUGCCAUGGGAUCAACAGUGUCAGCGAAGACACCAGCGAUGCCUUUCCACUGGACGUGUUGUAUGGGCCUGAUGACCCCAUAAUCAGCCCCCAGGAGCACUCUUACGUAGAGGGCUCCACCAUCAGUCUCGUCUGCGAUGCUCCCUCCAACCCAGUUGCUCAGUACACUUGGUUCUUUAAUGAAACUGAGGAAAUGGAGAACAGUUCCCAGCUCGUGAUCUCUGAUGCGUCUUUUGACAAUUCUGGCAAUUAUACCUGCAAUGCUACUAAUGUUAAGACUGACAACAGCAGCGCUGUGACAUGGGAGAUCCAAGUGCUAGAAAAGCUCUCCCAGCCAAUUCUGUGGCCUGCAGCGUCCACCGUGAAAGAGCAUGAGAACGUCACCUUAAACUGUACCACCUCUGAAAGCUCCAGUGUCAGCGUCUCCUGGCUUAAGGAUGGAAAUCCCAUCCCAGUCAAAUCAAUACUUUCCGCACGGAACCGAACCCUCACUGUUCCUGACAUCAGCAAAGACGAUGAGGGGAUGUAUACAUGUGAGGCCAGGAACCUUGCUAACAGCGCCACGAGCAACCCUAGUAAAAUAACCUUGGAAAAUGCAGGUUCUCAAGAUAAUGGCCUCUCUGCCGGGCAAAUUGUUGGGAUCGUCAUUGGAUGCUUGCUAGGAGCUGUAAUCAUUGUAGCUGUGGUAUAUUUUGUACUAAAGAAAACGUCCUUCGGGAUGACGGCGCAGCACUCAUCCAAUGGAAACAUACCCUCCGCACCCGGCCGCAACCAGGGCGUCACUGACACCAAACCCACGGCGGGUGAAGAGGACAUACAGUAUACCACACUAGCCUUCAACUCCAAUAACCCUUCUCCGCCGGGCCCGGGGCCCACCAGUCCUUCGGAAAGUGGCACCAUCUACUCAGUAAUCAAAAAGAAAUGAUCAGGGAAUCGAUUUCCCCACCCGUGGUCUCCCUAUGCACAGACACUCACCCACCCCCUUUAUUCCUCACUGCUGCUUCCUCUGCCUGGAUUCUUGGAGAGGAAAAGUUCUGCUUCUUGGGGGGGUGGGGGAGACCACAUACGCAUCCACCCACCCCCUUUUGAUCCUCCUUUCAGCCUGCACCCAGCCCCCAUUGCUGAGAACAGAAAGGAAGCUUCUCUCCAUGCCUGGCUGCCUGUUGUAAUGAAGGGGCUGGCAUCGGAGCCCAGCUAUAAGAGGCAGGCCUUGGGUCCCCCCCUGCCAGGAGUUGUGCACAUGUCAAGGAAGAUUGUUUCAGGUGGAGGAGAGCAUGCUACCAUCUCUGUGCCACCCCUGUGCUUUCGUUCCUGGCACUGCCCCAGCCUCUCACUCUUCCUGUGUCUCUGGGGUUGGGCGUUGCCAGGCAGCUGUGGAUUCUCCUCCCUUGAGCUUGCUUCUGUUGCUCGAAGCACCGCUUACGAAUUCCCAGCACCGGCACGAUUGCAAAGAAAGCACUUAAGACUGGGCGACUCCUACAGGGUGGUGGCAAGCCUUCCAUUCCAGCAGCGCUCCGACAGAUCGGCACCAACCGAGUGGAGAAGCGGCUUGUUUCCGGCUCAAGCUGUUGCUCGCAUGUCCCCAGUCGAGCCCUUCCCUUCCUGCCCCGCUUUGCGUCGCUAAAUCUGAUGCUGUUCCAGGGUGUAUGUGGACUUGCAGGGUGUGUUGGCUCCCUCUCAGGUUUUGGACAGUCAGCAAAUACAUGGGGAAAGAAACGGUCGAAUCCAGAAAGGUCCACCGUGCUCAUUUUCACUCUGCCGGGCAAGGCCACCGGUCUGCUCCUUUGUUCUGAUUAACCCACCCCCAGUCUGGAUCACGGCCAAACGGCGGAAGCAAUGUGAUGCUGUUGCAGAUUAAAGCCCAGCCUGUUCUGCAGAGGAGAUCAAGCAGAAGAAGAUGCAGAAGAUGGUGGGGCAAAGAGGUUUCCCCCUUUCCAGUUUUUCUAACAAAGUAGUGUUCCAAUGGAUGGAGCAGAAAGGCUAAGAAUUUCAAAGUGCAUGCAUUGGUUCCCUUCUGGGUUAAGGGCAAGAGGGUGUAUUAAAUUUGGAUUUUUUUAAAAAAACUGGGUUGAGUGGUUGGGGGGGAAGUCUAGUGGUUAAAGCACAAUGCCUAGAGUUCAGGAUACCUCUGGGAGAGCAUGACGUCUCAAGUAUCCUUUUUUCUCACUGGUGGCCACAAAGCACACGGACUGCAGGUCGGGUUUGGCUGCAAGACGUUAAUAAGUCCGGUUCGCCCAUGAUCCUUUGCUUUGAGGCAUCCUUCAUCCUAUCCAACCUCGCAGGGUCGAUGUGAAGUUAGUUACAAUAAGGUGGGGGUGGGGCAAGGGGUGGGGCAGGGGAAAUUAAAUUGAUUGGCAGUGAAAAAUCAGGGCACGUGGGAGUCAGUUCUGCUUUCAUUCUCUCCGUCAUGUAAAAGGAAUGCCUGAAGGAGCGGAGAAGGGCAAAUUGCUUUGCUGAAUAGUGAAGGGCGUCAAAAGCAGGGAAGUUUGCUUUGCUUUGAAAAUCUGCAAUUACUUUGCAGCAGGCCAGCCGGCGUCGACCGAAUGGGGCAAACUUACAGGCUGAACUUGCUCAAUGUCACGGGCCCAAAUCCGAAGCCAGAGCCAGGCUACUUGAGAUCACUGGAAAGAGCAGAGCAAAAAACUCUCUGUGCCCACCGCUCCAUUGUUACGGCGGCAUUCUCUGGCCUUUCCAUGUAGCUAAUCUUUGACCAGGAAUCAGGGUGCCUUGGGGCGCGAUAGCAUCACGUACAGUCCGGGCCCUGCUAAUUGCUGGGUGUGGCUGGCAAAGACAGCCUGUGUCCCUGCUGGGCUUUGAGACUGAAGGACAAUUGUCAAUGGGGCAGUGUUCCCAGCAUGUGUGCCACGCAAGGCCCCAGUGCUUACAUUAACCCAUCCGUUGCCCCGUGGUGAGGAGGCUGCCAGCCAACUGAAGGAAAGGGGCUUGCCAAAAGGACUUCUUUUAUCGCAUCUGGUUGGUGCUGGCCUGCAGAUGAUGUGGGGUUUUUCAUAACUGGGGAGGGAGAGUGCAAUGGGCACGCUGUUUUGUGCAGCUUACAGGGAGAGAGUGUAAUUGUGAAAAAUUGAGCUGUUUCUCUGGCAUUUGUACAACAAAUUAUGUUUUUAAUAAAAAUGGACUGACGAUGGGAAAAAA